AUGCUGGGAAAUGGUAUUGGCUUUGUAGUAGCUAUUAGUGCGAGAUGUCACCUCUCUCUCCUCUGCUGGACCAAAAGAGCACAUGUGAAACCCAUCCCAGGAUGGUACUGCAAGAAUUCGCGCUUGACGUGCGCAACACGUCAGCUACAUCAAUCAAGCAUUGUUGGUGAUAUUCCUCAAGAAGGAAUCGGAAGCAUACCAACACUGCUAUUCCCCUACACCGCUGGCCAGUGGUUACACCUCGACAAACAACAGCGCGAUGCGCGAUAUGUUAGAUUUGACUUUGACCGCUUGUAUCAAGAAGUGCUCCCGCCCUGCCCGCCUGGUACCCCUCCUGAAUGCUGCCGGAAGAUAGAGGGCGGGUUCAGUAAAGUGUUUAUUCUCGAAACAGAUAAUGGAAGGAAUAUUGUUGUUAAGUUCUCUACAUCUAUUGCUGGAUCAGCAAGACAUGUAGUCAAUUCUAAAGUUGCAACAAUCACAUAUUAUAAGAGAGAACUAACAGAGAUAUUAAUAAGAAGCCAUGUGCAACGUAAUACAAAAGUCUCAAUCCCGAAUAUUCUAGAUUGGAGUGAUGACCCUACUAACGUUAUAGACUCGCUAUAUAUUAUCAUGGAACACGCUAGCGGAGUUCUACUACAAGAUGCAUGGGUAGAUAUGCCACCAGAUAAGAAGAUUAAAUGCAUUGGAUCAAUCUGUACAAGUAUUCUUCCAAUAACUACACUUGACCUUCCCGCAUACGGGAGCCUUUAUUUUGCCGAUGCACCGUUUCUUGAUACUAGUUCUAAGCAAACGUUGGAUAUCAAACACUGCAUUGGACCGCAUUGUAACGGCAUACCAUAUCAAGGUUCCAUAGAGAAGUAUUUGGAGCUAUUCAUAGGUCAGAGGGUUUUCUCAGAUCUGAUUCAACACCCUGAGACCCAAGCUGCAGCACCAACCCUUUUCCAACCAGAUCUCCACAAGAGGAAUGUUUUUGUCUCUAAAGAUGACCCUGCUAUAGUGACCGGCAUUAUUGAUUGGCAGGGGGCAAGCAUCAAACCGGAAUCUCUUUGCUAUCAGGCAUAUGAAGUGGGAUUAGCCAUGCUAAGCCCGCGUUUAGGCGCAACCAAGAAGAUUGACGAAACACUACUUAGACCAUUCCGGUAUUCUGAUGAGGCUACGGGGUUCAUGAGAGAAGCUUUGAUUCAACAAGGCUUGCCCAAUUCCAGCCAUGAGCCCUGGAGAAGCUACAUUGGGGGUGGAGGAGGAUGGUUGAGUGUCUGCGGAGCGCUGGGAGGGAGUGAAGCAAGCUCAUCGGCAUAUCUACGAGACUCUCAUGGCUGGUAUGGAAGCGAUAAGGAUCGCGACGACUUGAAGACAAUGUGGCCGUUUGAUCAAUGCCAGCUCGAAGCUCAGGAGUGGAAGUGGCGUGAGACUGAUGGGAAGUGUAAUCUAUACGAAAAGUAA